CACCAUCAACGCCCCGUGAUGUCCUGAACUUAAUUUCCUUAAUUGGACCGCACCGUUGUUUUAUGCAGCAUUUCAAUAGCAAGUUGAAUGAAUUCAGUAAAAUAAAUUUGAUCUGUGUAUCGGUAGUUCCAAGAAGAGAUCAGCUGUGCCAGGUAUAAUGAAGUGGUUGCCGACAUUGCUGCAGCUCCAGCUCUGGAUGUCAGCCAUUGUUUGCGACGAUCGUGACAUAGAACAGACGACCGCUAAAACUCCAGGACACAAUGUCAGUGAUCGAUUCCAAAUAUCCACCUUGCCCAAUACAACGUCAAUAAAUUUCCAAGUUGAUAGUACAACCAGAAAAGGCCAUCUACUGGAGUAUAUGUUUUCGUCGGAGAUAAAAUCAGUUAAAGAGAAAUCGUUCGAUCAUACGAGACCAUUAAGAAUCAACGGCGAAUUAAACGGUUUCUUCAACAAUGAACACCAACGUGAGAUUGGAAAUGUUUCGGAAAAUAUACAUUCGCAUUUGGAAACAGCGGAAGGCCUUCCUGAUUGUGAAGGCUUUAUUGCUUCUGAGCACACUCGACGCUUCUUCCAAAGUCGUCUCGAAGCUACUGAUGCUUGCUUCAUCCAGUUUGCAAUUGGUUUCGAUUCACGAACUCGUUUGAACUUUACCCGCGACGUCUUUCUAGCUAAAGUCUGGUUUUGGUCAUACACGUCUGUUGGAGGAAAGCAUCCCUAUCUCAACUGGCCCAUUGACCACGGUGUCUUGUCAUUCGGCCUUUUGUCUUACCGAACCGCCAGUGUGCCGUACGUUAGCUUAAACGGUAAGCAACAAGGAGAAUGUAAAAUAACACUCGGGACACAAACCGCCACUGUGCUGAUAUCUGAGGCUCUUGUUGAAGUGAUCCACAAUUCUUCCAAGCAAAGCUACACUAAGUUCCCCGUGAAUUACUUUUGCUACCUUGCAGAAGCGCCCGGAUUAAGAGACUCGGUUGUCUACUAUUUAGCGUUGUACACAGGUUUUCCGGUGACUUUCAUCAACUACAAAUGUUGCACAUCGAUAUACUUCUUUACCAACAGCUCAUACGUGCAAGACUGUUCUGAAAAUCAAAUGAAAAAAUGGAACCAGUCGGUGAUCGGGCCCUACAUUUUAGGAGUGGUAUUCGCGAUGUACUUUCCAAUUUUAUUGUUCCGUUUGAGUGCCUGGGUUUCUGAAGACGAAACUUUAUCGGAGAAUGCAGACGGUGACCGAGCCGAACUCUUGGACCUCAGUGCUGAUAACGAGAACUCCGAUUGGAUGUUUCUUGACGGUCGAUCCCCACUGACUGUAUCUUACGUAUUGGGAUCUCUCUUCGCAGGCAUAAAGCGAAAAUACCCCUACGCAUUUUCCAGAGUGCGACGGUUGCUGCUUAUGAUUCUUGGAACCAGUGUGAUUGCUUUUCAAAUCCAUAUGUACCAGAAAGGCAUCGGGGUAAAGGAGCAUACAAUUACUGUUGCUGACCUGGCUAUGCAUGGUACGCCCAUGGGCUUUUUAUCAGUACUUGCCCACCCAAAUGAUCGUGCCAAAGUGUUUGUACCAUUGUUAGGCGGGCCGUUUGCAGUAUUUGGCGUAUACUUUGCUUUGGGUAUUGCUUUUCUCGUGGUUCCGAGAAGUUUGAAGGCUGUUACCGAGAUUGGUUUGCCGACCACUUGCAAAUUCUCCCCGCUGUUACUGGGAACCGAUGACAUACUCACGCUGGCCCUUUUUAGGACAAAUGCAGCCCCUGGCUACGAAAAAGGGGCACGCCUCUUUAAGGCCAGCUUUAGCAUGCUUUUUGUCAAUGGAUUUUGGUCAAGGGUAUGGGAAAUACAGAAACACCGAUUUGAUAUUUUUGUUAACCGCACAUUUCUAAACAUACUUUUUAGAAUAUUAGUGUUUCCUGUUCUGGCUUGUUUUUGCCUAGUUGAAAUAUUGAUAUGUAUUGUAUACUAUGCAGUACCGCUGUUCAGUUUCGUUGUCAUCAUGGUAAAGGGUGCAUCUUUAUCGUUUCUGAAUAAAAUAAGCUUUGACAAUUACUUCUUUCGUCGUGGAAUUACAGUUUUUUUGGCUAUUGUUAUUGUUUUCGCAAUGUACAUAUGCUUUGUAUAUUGCGCCCUACUAAUUUUUGUUCAAAGUUUUUCAUUUAUUUGCCAGGUUAUAAUGUUCUGUCUCGUUGCCGUUAUUGUUUACCCAUCGGUCUCAUUCGGGUAUCUCUUCUUUGCGGUAGUUUUUGUCUAUUACCUGGUUCAUCUUGUGCGUGAUUUUGGAGAUGGUUACCUCGCCCUGCUUUCCACGGCGGUAGAGCAAUCCAUGAUGCUAGAACGUAAUCUGAAUCAUGUAUCAGUUCAAGAAAGCCAGCUGGUGAUUUCUAACCUUCGAGUUACAGGAAUAAGGUCCAUACGAAUCAACGACACUGUUCUCGACACGCCGCACAAUGUUAUCAGCGCUAUUACACGUGCUUCAUCUCCAUCAAAAACUAGGACUGUAGGUCACACCCACGGAAUCCCCAAAAAGCUGUUCUGGAGCAUUGUAAAGAAUUUUCGCCCGGUCCAUAGAGAAAUUCUUGCAUUAGUAUUUCAUAUCACAGUCAUAGUAGCGUUUGUUGGGAUGACCUUUGACAUCACAUCUUCGUUCGCUCCCGGUCCCACGUCGGAGAUCUCCGAGGUCAUGCACGUGGUUUUUGUCGUCAUCAUCGGAGCGCUACCACGUGUUCUGGAACUAGCGAUGACGAACGAGAGCGCAAUAGUCAAGAAAGAGAUCCAUGAGCGGGAAAUAGAACAACAUAUCAUAAAAUACUGGCAAGAGAAACGUAAGGCAGAACAUGCCAUCGUACAAAUACAAAAUGUAUAACAUAGACGAGAUAGAAUUGUGGUGGUGUUUACUGUGACAGUGUUUGUAAAGUCAGUCAAUAAAUAGCUUUAAAUCAA